AUGACGGCUACGCUGCCUCGUGAGUCUGAUAUCGAAUUAGUUACAAAGAAUGAGUGCAUAACAAAUUCCCAAGUGAGGCCUCUGCUAGCAUUCUCUCGUCUCUCAACUCUAAACGGACGUCGUUAUCAUGCGUUCCGGGAGGGUGCAUAUCUAGUGCCCAAUGACGACGAGGAACAGGACCGCAUGGACUUGGGACACCACAUUUACAGUCUGCUUCUUGGAGGAGAACUUUAUCGCGCCCCUAUCGGCAAAAACAUCCAGCGCGUCCUUGACUUAGGCACAGGCACUGGCAUCUGGGCUAUGGACUUUGCAGACCAGCACCCCUCCGCAGAGGUUGUCGGCACCGACUUGAGCCCCAUCCAGCCCAAGUGGACACCGCCCAACUGUACAUUCGAGGUCGAUGAUUUAGAGCAAGAUUGGGUCUACCACAACAAGUUUGACUACAUCCACGCUCGCGAGCUGGGAGGAUGCGUGGCCGAUGAUGAGAAGCUCUUCCGCCAAGCCUUUGAGCAUCUUGCCCCCGGCGGCUACUUUGAGUUGCAAGCUGUUUAUCCUCGCUUCCUAUCCGAUGAUGGUACGGCCCAUCUGGCAAAGGAUGCUCAGUUUUGGAUGAAGAACAUCUGCGAGGGCGCCGUCAAGUUCGGUAAGCCCCUCGACGCAGCGCCUGGGUGGCUGGAGAAGAUGAAGGCAGCUGGAUUCGUUGAUGUUAAGCAGGAGAUCCGCAAGUUUCCCAUGGGCGGUUGGGCGAAGGAUACAACACUCAAGGAGAUCGGCAGGCAUGCACUCAUCCAGGAGCAGCAGGUCAUUGACUCGUAUACGCCUGGCAUUUUCUCCCGUGUGCUUGGAUGGGAUGAGAAAGAGAUCCAGGUCCUGAUCGCUAAGGUGAAGAAUGACCUUAAGAACCCGGCGAUCCACCUCUAUGUGCCCUGUUAUUUGAUAUGGGGAAAGAAGCCGGAGGCUUGAGUAUCGUGCUUCUUGUCAUUAAGAACGUCUCUGAAAGAGGCCUCCGCCAGAAUAACGAAGGAAAUAGUUAUUGAUGCAUGGUGGCACUAAAACCCAAUCCUCAAAAACAUAAACACCGUUUCUAGAGCUCUGGUCAAAACAUGAUUCUUUGGUCAGAGGAAGCUUCAACCACUUCAACCACUUCCCUGCUACAUAGCUGACGGUAAUGCAAUCUACUGAUGUGGUAAUUGUCUGGCA